AUGGCCCUUUCUUCAAUUUUUGGCGGUGCUUCUCCCUCGCAACAGCAAACUACAGCAGUUCCAUCUGCCAAGGCCUCUAAUGUUAAAGACCAGCUGAAGACUCAAAUAGCUCAAGAACUUGCAGUGGCAAACGCUAGCGAGCUAGUUAGCAAAGUAACGGAAAAUUGCUUUGAAAAAUGCUUGAUUAGUCCUUACUCAAAUGGCGAAGAAGGCUGCAUCGACCAAUGCCUGGCUAAGUACAUGAGAAGCUGGAAUGUAGUUUCUAAAGCAUAUGUUGCACGCAUUCAGCAAGCGUCAACCUCUGGCGAGAUUUAA